AACUCCACACUUUUAUGUUACAGGAGUUGCUAUUGGCCAGCCAGACGACUGAUUAUUUUUUUACGCCAAUCAGAUCCAGCGACACAAGUACGAUUCAAAAUGGCUGCUGUGUAUUCUCAGGGAAGGACUCGUCGUCUCAAUUUAGCGAUCUCUCCAGUUUCAUAACACUUUAAUAUCGCUUAUUCUAUCAUUUCCUGUCAUUUUAUUGGUUUAUGAUGGUGUACAGAAUGCGUCUGAUAUUUGGAGAAGUCACUCUAAGCCAGGUAAAGACCAUUCUCGGCCCAACCCGGAAGUGUUAUACAACGUCGUCUGCUAACGCUGUUUUUAUAGAAGACUUGCAUUUCGUUCCUGCAACCGACUCGGCUACCACUGAUGACAUCCGCAGGCUCCAGGAGUUCCUCCACGCUUCCAAACGGCUGCUGGUGAUCACCGGAGCCGGAGUGUCUACCGAAUCCGGCCUGCCGGACUACCGCUCUGUCAAGAGCCCGCAGCACGGAAAAGACCGGCCCGUCAUCGGGCCUGUGAUGUACCAAGAUUUCGUGAAGAACACCCGCGUUCGGCGGGGGAACUGGGCUAGGAACUACGUGGGGUGGCCCGGGUUCUCAUCCCACCUGCCUAACGUUUCUCACCGGGCGCUGGUGGACUGGGAGCGGCGGGGAAAACUCCACUGGCUGGUGACACAGAACGUGGACGACCUGCACAGGAAAGCCGGGAGUACGAGGAUGACAGAGCUCCACGGAAGCGCGUUCAGGGCGGUGUGUCUAUCCUGUAGGAACGUGGUGCCGAGGGCGGAGCUACAGCAGGUGAUAGCGGCCAUGAACCCGCACUGGGAGGCGGUACCGUUCGAGAUCAGGCCGGACGCCGACGUCGCACUGACUCCGGAACAGAUAGAGGGGUUUAGAGCGCCGCACUGCGGGAAUUGUGGCGGACCCCUGAAGCCUGACAUGGUGUACUUCGGAGAAUGUGUGCCCAAGGACACGGUCCAACUGGUCUUUGAAAAACUGGAGGAGUCAGACAGCGUUCUAGUAGCCGGGUCUUCACUACAGGUGUACUCAGCCUUCAGGUUUGUGUCCGCCGCUCACAAACAGAACAAACCCGUGGCCAUCCUCAACAUCGGGCCGACACGAGCCGACAGACUAGCCGGGCUGAAAAUCAACGGUAGAUGCGGGGACGUUUUGACGAAAAUAAACAUCUGAGGUCCUGA